GCUUCCGGCAGGCGCCGGGGACCGGCAACCAGGAGGAUUUCAGCGCGGGGCGGCCCCUUUGUUCGCGCGGGCCGCAGGGCCCGGCCGUGCCCCGGGCCGGGAGCAGGGAGGGAGGGGCCGAGCCUCGCCGCCGCCUUCCCGCCGCGCUCCCGCCUCAGCCCCGCAGGGCGGGUCUCGGCGGCCGCCCGCCAGCGGCUGCAGCCUGCAGCGGCGCGGGGCUCCCCAGCCGCUGCCUGACGGUCUGUGACAAUGGAAGAAGAGGUCCACCAUCGAGAAGCCUGAACUGUGAUACCAGGACAGCUCUUUGACACACUGACAAUAGGAGCCUGAGAUACAGGAGACAGCAAACAUGCUGAAGCCAAGUGGACUUAAAAUCCCAGGCAGGGCUGGGAAGCACUCCAGCCCAGUGGGACGGGCAUCAGGGACCACUACAACUGCUGUGACCACUGGCUCAAAAGAAGGCUCACCUUUACACAAGCAGGGUACCACCUCCACCACCAGCGCCGAGAAGUCGGGUUCAAAGGUUGCCGAGGUGGGCGAUGAUUUCCUGGGAGACUUUGUGGUGGGCGAACGCGUCUGGGUAAAUGGAGUGAAGCCAGGUGUGAUCCAGUAUCUUGGGGAGACGCAAUUUGCUCCGGGCCAGUGGGCAGGGGUUGUUCUGGAUGACCCGGUGGGUAAGAAUGACGGCUCUGUCGGUGGAGUGCGGUACUUUGAAUGCCAGCCGCUGCAGGGGAUCUUUACGCGACCGUCCAAGCUGACGCGGCAGCCGGUGGCCGAGGGCUUGGGGAGCGACGGCCCCUCCGUGGACUCCCUGACGGCUCAGAACUUGUCACUGCACUCGGGAACAGCCACGCCACCUCUCUCCAGUCGUGUCAUCCCCCUGCGGGAGAGCGUCCUCAACAGCGCCAUGAAGACGGGCAACGAGUCUGGAUCUAACCUCUCGGACAGUGGGUCUGUGAAAAAAGGGGAGAAGGACUUACGGCUCGGAGAUCGCGUGCUGGUUGGUGGGACAAAGACAGGAGUUGUGCGCUACGUGGGAGAGACAGACUUUGCCAAAGGAGAGUGGUGUGGUGUGGAGCUGGAUGAACCCCUGGGCAAGAACGAUGGGGCAGUUGCUGGUACAAGGUAUUUUCAGUGCCCUCCCAAGUUUGGCCUCUUUGCUCCCAUCCACAAGGUGAUCCGGAUCGGCUUCCCGUCAACCAGCCCUGCCAAGGCAAAGAAGAGCAAACGAAUGGCCAUGGGAGUGUCUGCCUUAACCCACAGCCCCAGCAGUUCCUCCAUCAGCUCUGUCAGCUCUGUGGCAUCAUCAGUUGGGGGCAGGCCCAGCCGCAGCGGGCUGCUGACAGAGACCUCUUCUCGAUAUGCCCGAAAAAUCUCUGGCACCACAGCUCUCCAGGAGGCACUGAAGGAGAAGCAGCAGCACAUUGAACAGCUACUGGCAGAGCGUGACCUGGAGCGGGCUGAGGUUGCCAAAGCCACCAGCCACAUCUGUGAGGUGGAGAAAGAGAUUGCCAUCAUGAAGGCCCAACACGAGCAGUAUGUCACGGAGGCAGAAGGAAACCUCCAGCGAGCACGAGCCCUGGUGGAUGUGAUGCAGAAGGAGAAGAUUGAACUGUUGAACCAGCUGGAAGAAGAGAAGAGGAAAGUGGAGGACUUGCAGUUCCGUGUGGAGGAAGAAUCCAUUACAAAGGGGGAUCUGGAGACUCAGACGCAGUUGGAGCAUGCCCGAAUACGGGAGCUCGAGCAGAGCCUGCUGUUUGAGAAGGCACAGGCUGAAAAACUCCUCAGAGAAUUAGAGGACACCAGGUUAACCACAGUGGCAGAAAAGUCCAGGAUCCUGCAGCUGGAGGAGGAGCUGAGCCUCAGGCGCAGCGAGGUGGAUGAGCUUCGGCAGUGCCUCAGGAGCUCUCACCAAGCAGACACCCCAGAGCAUAACCUUGGCUUGCAGUCAGAGGCUCUUCGUCUACGAGAUCAACUGCUGUCUGCCAACAAGGAGCAUCAGAAGGAGAGCAGCCAGCUAAAGGAGAAGUAUGAGAAGACAUUAAAGAAGUACCAGCAGGAGAUGGAGAAGCUGAAAUCUGUCAAUGAGAAGUACUCACAGGAAAUCGUUGACCUAAAGCAUAAAGUUCAGCAAGCCACUAAUGAGAACAUGGGGCUUAUGGACAACUGGAAGUCCAAGUUGGACACGUUAGCUUCAGACCACCAGAAGUCUCUGGAGGACCUGAAAGCCACAUUGAACACAGGCCCUGACACCCAGCACAAGGAGAUCGUGGAACUGAAGGCAGUGGUGGAGAGUAUAAAGAUGGAGCACCAGCUUGAGUUGGAGAACCUUAAGGCAAAGCAUGACAUUGAGACAGCUGUUCAUAUAAAGGAGAAAGAGAGUCUCAAACUGAAGUUGCAGGAGGCUGUGGAUGAAGUGGAAAAAAGCAACAGCAACUGGAAAAUGCAACUGGAAACAAAAAGCAAUCAGCACCUUCUUGAGCUCCAAGAUGUGAAGGACAAGUGUCGAGAUGCUGAGCUGAGGGUGCUUGAACUGGAGAAACUUCAUGGUGAAUAUACAGAUCAGACAGAAGCAAUAGCUUUCUUAAAAGAGCAGAUUUCUUUGGCUGAGAAGAAGAUGUUGGACUAUGAAACAUUACAGAAAACAGAAGCCCAGAGCAAACAGGAGAUCCACAGAUUGCAGGAAAAAGUGCUUGUCUUAGAGAACAAGCUGCAGUCCAUGGAGGCCCUGCAUCCUUCUCAGCAUGCGAAUAUGAUUGAAACUAAUGAUAUUUCAGAAGAAAAGAUAAAGAUGAAGCAGACUAUGGAAGACCUCCAAGACAAGCUGAGCAAAAGAGACAAAGAGGUGUCAUCACUGGUGUCCCAGACUGAAACUCUAAGGGCCCAAGUAAGUGCUUUGGAAAACAAAUGCAAAACAGCAGAAAAGAAGGCUGAUUCGGUGUUAAAAGAAAAGAAACGUCUGGAAGGUGAACUGGAAGCCUUGACCAAGAAAACACACGAUGCUUCAGGGCAACUGGUCCUCAUUAGCCAGGAGCUACUCAAGAAGGAAAGGAGCCUGAACGAGCUGAGAGCAUUGUUACUGGAGGCAAACCGGCACUCGCCUGGGCCAGAACGGGACCUGAGCCGGGAAGUGCACAAAGCCGAGUGGCGGCUGAAGGAGCAGAAGCUCAAAGAUGACAUCAAGGGGCUGCGAGAGAAACUGGUUGUGCUGGACAAGGAAAAAUCCGUGUCGGAUCAGCGGCGAUACUCCCUGAUUGACCCCUCGUCAGAGUCGGAGGUGAUCCGGCUGCAGCACCGGCUGGUCAGCACGGAGGAUGUGCUGCGCAACGCGCUGGAGCAGGGCCACCAGAUGGAGAAGCUCAUGGAAGCAAUGAGGCUCUCUUCCGAGAAAACACAGACUGGAAAUUCUGGGUCUGCUAACGGGAUUCACCAGCAGGAUAAAGCCCACAAACAAGAGGAGAAGCUCUGAUAGAGGUGAAGAGGAUCAUUUCAUGCCAAUAUCAGCUCCUGUGCACUGUCAGGAAAAACGAUACCACAUUUGGCUUUAGCACCUCCAAAAGACCAGACACAGUAUUUUCACUUUAAAGCAGGACAAUGUUUAUAAUAUCCUAACUGAUGUAAUCAGGACAAUUCUGGAGUCCAGUUUUGCAAGACAGCCAUUAUUCCAGGAGGGAGCAGAAAGGUCUCUCUGAGUUUGGUUUCUUACUUGUAUUGGUUUUGACUGUGGAAUUUGUAUUGCCCUUGUCCCACCAGCUGACCUGGUCUGGAUGAUGGCUGCCCCAAAUGGUGGCUGAAGUGUCAGCAAGUCCCAGUAUCCCACAGGAGCUCCAAAGGGAUUUGCUUGUGGUGUUUGAUGCUUCUCACGUGGUCUGUCCCUUCCCUUCCACACAUCCUGCUGUCUUGAAGACCUGCACAAGCAAGUGAAACCUGCUGGGCUGACUGUUCAUGUUGGCACGUGUAGGAUGAGCAAGACGGGGUGUGGGGACGUGUUUCCCUCCACCUUGUAGAAGACAUUGAUGUUCUGCAGGCUGCACUUAGUACUUGUAUCAUAGCAUGUCCUGGGAAAUAAUCUGAUUUCAGAGGGAUAUUUGUGUUGUUUCUCACCCAGUGCUGUUUGGGGACAGGCAACCUGAGCUGUGGUUGGCCUUUCUUCCUGCAGAGAUCUCUGAGCAGGUCUGCCCAUGCCCUGCCCCACAGCCAGGCUGCACAGCCUGGUCCCCACCACUCAUAUGUGUUUUGUUGGGUCUUUUUGGAGCACAGGACUCUACAGCUGCAUCUGAGCAUCACUGGCCUGAGAGCUGGCUGCAGUCAGCGUGGGACAGAUGCCCUGAGGAGAGAGUUCCCUCCUUGCCUGUUUAAUUUAACAGCUAAUCAGGGAUUGCUUGGCCAUUCUCCAGAACUAUCCUUGGCUCUGCAGUAUGAUGCCCAUCCCCUCCUGCCAGGAAUGGAGGAUGCUGAGGUGCUGCUCUGAGCAUUCAUGCAGCAGCAGCUGUCUGUGUUUGAUGGGUACAGCAUUCCUCUGUGCAUGACCUGAGUUUGAGUAUUUAGAGCAGAAGGAAUCCAAGACUAGAGCUCGCACAGUUCUUGUCUGUACACAGCAGUGCAGGCCCAGGCAAGGAUCUUGUUCCUUCUUCUGAAGGCUUUACCCUUCUCUAACUUUGCACCACAACUCUCAAGGGACGUUAGGGUGGAGGAAAGGGACAAUAUGCUCUUAAAGAUUUGAGAAUCCAGUUCAGAUUCGCUGCUCAGUAUCACAGGGAAGAGUCACAGCAAUGUUUUACCAGACUUCCCCUAGUUAGUGUCUGACUCCUCCAGUCUACAGAAGCUCUUGUGUUAUGAUGGGGUAUCUGUGAAACAGAACAAGACAGAAGAGAGCACUGACAGAGGAGAUCUGAGCCAGACCACAGGCAGAUGAACAUCACAUCAUGUCAGCUUCAUUGCUUUUUGCCUUGAUUUCCUAUAAAGCUGUGUUACUUUUGUCUUCAUGGGUUGCCAGACUCCUGCUUCCUUGAAGGAUGGGCAGCCACAAGCAACCUGGGCAAGACAUGGGCUUCAAGGCUGCAGUUCUGCCAUGAAGAGGAUGUUGCUGAAUCUGGGCUAUGACACAACACUGGACCCUGCUCACUUGAUGCAGGAUUGGUGAUCUCCCUCCAUUCAGAGGGAGGAUGAGACAGAAAGGUGACUUCAGGGGUGUAAAGCAGGACAGAAAGCACAGCUUAAAGCUUGUGCAUGGCAAGGGAAGGCAGAGCCUCGGAUCUAAUUAGUUGGGAAUAACUCAAAUGGGAUCCCAUCCUGCCUUGUAGAACUGUUUCAUCAGUUCUUACUAAUCACCAGGAAGAUUGCCACAUCUCUGCCUAGCUCUGAGACUUUCCUAAGAGAUCACAGUUGUUAUCUCCAAAAUCUUCCUGGUUGGUGUACUCAUCUCCUAAGCGAUUCAGGAAAAUCCCAGAGGGAGUGUUUGUUUUUGCAGCCUGUGACAGUGAAUACCUCUCUGUGAGCUGCUGGCUGCAAGAAUUGUGGGCUGGUGUUUCCCAAAGUGCUGCUUUGGGUGGUCUCUGAUGUCUGCAGCUCUCUCUGGAUUGAGUGGAGCUAAAGGAGUGCUGCCCAUCUCCAAGCCCAGGGCUUCCCAGGCACCUGCCAGUGGGAGAGCCCAUUCUGGUUGGGCACUUACUUUCUCUGAUAGGUCUUUUAGUGAUUUGUGACCAGUUGCCUUCAUCUACAGAGGGAAGACACCUGCAUUUUCCACCUCCCUCGAUGAACCUUUGGCUCUGCACAGGGCAGGAUCCCCUGUGAGGGCUUAUGGGGACCAUGUAUUUAAUUCCAUUAACCAGAUCUUAAGUUGUCAGGGUAACUAGUUCAAGCUGGAGGAGUCUCUGGCUCCUGUCUCCUCCCAGGGACCAUGCUCUGUGAGUGGCUCAGACCUGUGGCUCUUCCCAGUCAGUUCAGGUGACAGUGCAGACCAGCAGCAGAUGGGUCAGGGUAGGUUUAAAGAUAGUGCGAUGGUCUUCUCUGGCUGUAAAUAGCUGUGCUGGUCCCUAAGGAUCAGUCAGGAGCCAAGCACUUCUUGCUUACUGCAGAGGCUGUGUGUGGGCUUUGUUGCAGGGCCAUACCGAAAUGGGCAGUGGCGCAAAGCCAGGUCCCCUGUAUCCCUCUGGGGAGCUGCUCCCCAAACAGGACUGACUGCAGCAUCAGCAGGACAUGCUAUCACACAUCAUCUGGGUUUUAGCUCAACCCUGUACAAAGUGGCCAGGUUUGAACAUCAUCCAUGUUCUCCCUCUCCAGAAUUGGCACAGGCUUCCCAAGGGCACCUGCCUCUGGCUGCCCUUCUGAGGUUGUAAGAGACCAAACUAGGGACAAACUUGGAAAGGACAAGGAGGAGAUUCCCCGGCCCCUCUAUUUAUUUGUAAGUUUAAGUGCUAUUUUUGCCUAUGUGGUGGUGUAUAAAGUACUUCACAGUAUUUGGUCUUACUGGCUUGGUUCUUCAGGGGAGAUUUUCAAGGGUGCUGGAGUACUGAUGCACCCAUCUCCUGUUGUUGGUCAGGGGCUGGUUCCUGUUUGUGCCUUCACUCCCCUUUGGCUUCAGCCUUGCUCUUAUCUUGACCCCCGAGAGCUGGUACAGGGGACUGGGGGGUGGUUGUGUUCUCCCCAGCCCCUCUCCCAGCCUGUGCCUGCCAUGCUGGUGCUGUGUCUGGAGCUGAGUCCUGACACCAUGCCUCAGAGCACCAGCACAGAGUGGGGAGGAGGAGGCAGUGCGUCUUUGGAGCCAUCAGCACCAAGGGAAGGGCUGGCACCUGCUGGGACACCAGCCCUCACCCAGCUGCGUUACCCAACAGUUAGUGAUGCUUUUCUGCUGAAAGCCAAGACGUUAUCCAGUGAACAAAGUCUUUGCCAUGGAGACUGCUCCAUCUUUAGCGAUUUCUUCUCUAACCCUCUAGAGACCAAAGGGAAAAGAAUCAGUCUUGGCUGGUGAUUUCAGCUUUAUCCCUCCUACAGCAGCCAGCGAGCUGGAGCAAGGGGCAGCACCGUGCCAGUGCUGAAUGAUGGGUGCGAAGUUACCAGCCAAAGCUCUGCAGCGCUUGCCUACCCACAGCCACCAGCCCUUCCUCUGGCUUGCACUAGAGAUGCAUGAGGGUUUCAUUCAAACAAAAUGAUGCAAGUGACACUGUAAAAGUCUUAACAAAAUUUCCAGUACUCCAUUGUUUGGCAGCUUUAGCAGCUCAGCACUAUCUUGUAGGGAGUUAUUAAUACACUAAGAUCCUAUAGGCCUCAUGUAAGUUACCAUAAUAAAGAUGAUACUAGAUGUAUAAAUGGAUGAUAACCUUUUACCCGUACAGUAUGUAUUACAAUUUUGUAGCUUAGUCAUUUUUUGGCUAUCAGAUUUUGUUAGUAUGAUAUAAAACCAAAAGACAAAAAAAAAAAAGGUUUGACUGCUAAUGUCUAUUUUGUUAUUUGAUUCACUUUAUUUCUUCCUCUGUACAAAAGCUGUACAAAUCUCAGUCUGUGUAACUACCCCACGUGUAUUCCUGUACCACCCCCUGUCCUGGCUUGCUGGUGUGGUGAGCUCGUUACUAAACAAUAAACUCUGUGGCUGCAGUCGGGCA